CGUUAUUACAAGGCUUCCUGGUUCGCCAGAAAAAACCAGAUGUGUUUUCUCCACUAAAGGAUCGUACAUGCAGACUGCUUUCCUCGAGAUUUAACGCAGCUUUCAGGAGACGGGAUCCGGUGCAACCGCGGCUCCGAACAUGAACUCGGAAAAGGACUUUGCUCCUCUGACGCCCAACAUCGUCCGGGCUCUGAAUGAUAAGCUGUACGAGAAGAGGAAAGUCGCAGCCCUAGAGAUAGAGAAACUGGUGCGGGAGUUCGUGGCUCAGAACAACUCCACUCAAAUCAGACAUGUUAUCCUGAUCCUGGCCUCGGAGUUUGCGCUGUCCCAGCACCCCCACAGCCGGAAGGGGGGUCUCAUCGGACUGGCAGCGUGCUCCAUCGCCCUCGGCAAGGACUCCGGUCUGUAUCUGAAGGAGCUUAUUGAGCCUGUGCUCACGUGCUUCAACGACUCAGACAGCCGUUUGCGCUACUAUGCCUGCGAGGCCCUCUAUAAUAUAGUCAAGGUGGCCAGGGGGGCUGUGCUGCCCCACUUCAACCUGCUCUUCGAUGGUCUCAGCAAGCUUGCAGCAGACCCAGACCCCAACGUGAAAAGCGGAUCUGAACUGCUGGACCGACUGCUGAAAGACAUUGUGACAGAAAGUAAUAAGUUUGACUUGGUGGCGUUUGUCCCUCUGCUCAGGGAGAGGAUCUACUCCAAUAAUCAAUAUGCUCGGCAGUUUAUUAUUUCCUGGAUCCACGUUCUGGAGUCUGUGCCAGACAUCAACCUGUUGGACUACCUCCCUGAGAUCCUGGAUGGGCUCUUCCAGAUCCUGGGAGACAACAGCAAGGAGAUCCGAAGAACCUGUGAGGUGGUGCUUGGAGAGUUUCUGAAGGAGAUUAAGAAGACCCCCUCCAGUGUGAAAUUUGCUGAGAUGGCCAACAUCCUGGUCAUCCACUGCCAGGUUGCAGAUGAAACGAAACCCACAAAUGACCUGAUCCAGCUGACGGCUAUGACCUGGAUGAGAGAGUUUAUCCAGCUGGCAGGCCGAGUUGUUCUCCCCUAUUCCUCUGGCAUCCUAACUGCGGUGCUGCCCUGCCUUUCCUACGAUGACCGGAAGAAGUAUACCAAGGAAGCAGCCAGCGCCUGUAAUCACAGUCUGAUGAAACUGGUGACUCCGGAGGAUGAUGAGGAAGAGGAUGAGGAAAAAAGUGGAAGUACAGGGUCGCCAUCCAGGGAAGCUGGCCAGCCUAAGACGGAGGCAGACAGCAAUGACAUGCUGAAUGCAUCACAGGAAUCGGUUGGUUUCAGUAAUAUCAGCUUUUUCACUCCAGCCAGUGCCGACAGGCCUCAGGUGACUCUGGACCUGGACGGCAUUGUUCAGGUGUUGGACCGGCACCUCCACGACCACUCAACUGGCAUGAUGACCCGCAUAGCUGUGCUCAAAUGGCUCUACCACCUCUACAUCAAGACGCCACGCAAAAUGUUCCGCCACACAGACGGCCUGUUCCCCAUGCUGCUGAAGACACUGUCGGACGAGUCGGACGAGGUGAUCCUGAAAGAUCUGGAGGUGCUGGCCGAGAUCGCGUCGUCCCCUGCCGGCCAAACGGACCAAGUCGGCUCCUGCGACAGCGCCGACAACAAACUGGAGCUCAAGGUCCCAGACGGCGCCAAGACAGUGGACUCGUUCCCGUCCACUCCCAGCAUGAACUCUUAUUUCUACAAGUUCAUGAUCAACCUGCUGAAACGCUUCAGUCUGGAGAGAAAGCUGCUGGAGAACAGAGGAGCUUUCGUCAUCAGGCAACUCUGUCUGUUGCUUCACGCCGAGAAUAUCUUCCACUCCAUGGCUGACAUCUUGCUGAAGGAAGAGGACCUCAAAUUUGCCUCCACCAUGGUUCAGACGCUCAACACCAUCCUGCUCACCUCGGCGGAGCUCUUCCAGUUACGCAACCAGCUGAAGGACCUGCGCACUCAGGAGAACUGUGCUCUGUUUUGCUGCCUGUAUCGCUCCUGGUGCCACAACCCCGUGGCCACCGUGUCGCUCUGUUUCCUCACGCAGAACUACAGACACGCCUACGACCUCAUCCAGAAGUUCGGAGAUCUGGAGGUGACGGUAGACUUCCUGAUGGAGGUCGACAAGCUGGUACAGCUCAUCGAAAGCCCCAUCUUCACCUACCUGCGCCUGCAGCUGCUCGAUGUGGAGAACAACCCCUACCUGAUCAAGGCUCUGUAUGGCCUGCUGAUGCUGCUGCCACAGAGCCAGGCCUUCCAGCUGCUCUCCCACCGCCUGCGCUGUGUCCCCAACCCAGAGCUCAUGAGGACUGUGGACGAGUCCAAGUACAUGGACACGAAGCGGCAAGUCUCCAAACGUGCCUCUCACUCUCAGGUGGAUUACAAUGAGCUGCUCCAGCAUUUCGACCGUGUUCAGAGCAAACACCUGGAGGUCCGACACCAGCGCUCUGGACGUGCCUCUGAUCACCCCGACAGGAAGCUGAUGUGACGUUACCAUGGUUACCAAUGGUCCGUGAGGACGGCGAGAGUGGUUGUUGCUGUCUAUAUGGAGUUGAACUGGGAAAGAUUAAGUUAAUGUGGAAGCCAAAAAGUAUUAAACGCGAUUAGAAACGGUCUCAUCAGAGCACUGGAUAUAGAAAAAGCAAUGAUGUUUGUAAAUUGAGAAUGUUAUGUAAGAUACGGGGGAAAAGAUAUUUGAAACAAAACCCAUUUAUUACACUACAGACUGUACACACGCUAAUGAAAAGCUAUUACUUUCUGUGAAGAUGUGGAGUGGAAUGUACCAUCUCGUACAUCACAACUGGUGGGGGUGAUAAAAUGUCCAUAUCCUGAGUUUCCAUCAUGUCCGGACAGCAGCUAAGACUUCUUCCAGUUAAAUGUCCACAGUGCUCUAAGUGAGUCUGACACAUUUCAGGGUAAAUAGCAUACUGUCAUUUAAUGUCCAUGUGAACCACGGUAUUUUCAUGAUGCAUCAUGAGCAAUCUGAAUAGAGCGAGUGUUCAGGGUUGCCUUAAUCUCGUGAGUCAGAAAAAGUUCUCGUGUAACGUAUUUUCCCGGGAGAUUUUAAUCUUGGGAAGCAAUGGAUGAGUGAACUCUAGCAUUCAUUCUGAGUAGGACCAUGUUCUUGCGUCUCAUUUCUUUGUCAGCUGAUCAGAAAUGUCACUGUGCACACCAUCUUUUAAUUCAAUUUCUUUAUUAUACGGUAAUUAUAUAUAUUAUCUUGUACAGUUUGUCUUUAAUAGAUGUACACUGUUGUUGCUGUGUAAAAUUCAAUAAAGUACACCCUGUGAUUAAAGAUG